UUCCGAUUAUUCUCAUCCGUAUUUUAGGUCAAAUAAUUGUUUAGGAUGUGUAAGUGAAGUUUAGAAAAGUUAUUGUUAUUUAGUGAAAAUGGCGUCGGAAAGGGUGGAAUGGGUGGAGAUAAUCGAGCCGAAGACAAAGGAGCAUAUGUAUGCUAACCUAACUACUGGCGAAUGCGUCUGGGAUCCACCGGAGGGUGUAAAAGUCAAACGUACAGACUCCUCACAAUGGUGGGAACUUUUUGAUAUCAACACACAUAGGUUUUACUAUUACAAUGCUUCAACACAGACAACAGUGUGGCACAGGCCUACUGACUGUGACAUCAUACCACUAGCCAAAUUACAAACAUUGAAACAAAAUACAGACCCUCAAAAAAGGAGGGAGAGUGCCACACAGACUAACCAGCCAGCGCCCCAGGUGCCUCCAGUACUAGACCCAGUUAGCAGCAAUGGUAACAGCACAGUCGCGAGCGUCAGCAAACUGUCGCCCGGCAACGCAAAAACUGUCACUCUCACGCAAACCAGUCCCGUGCGAACGAGGAGGUCUCAUUACCAUCACAGGAAUAGUGGUGAAAGCAGACGCGGGAGGUUAAGCGAGGAUGGAUCCACCCAGCUAUGUCGGCACACGGACUCCGGUCGCUCUUCCGACAGCAGCAUUAGUAGCGCACAACAGAGAAGGAAACAGGAACUUAGUGCAGCUGUAUGUAAUCCCCCUGUAUGUACUCCGCAACUUAGAAAACGUAGCAGUGCCGCACAGGCACACGAAGCUGAGAAAUGGUCCCCACAUGCAGGUUUAAAUCGUAGUGGCAGCUUUAUAUCACCUAGGAAAGAUGCAUCCGAUGACUCGAUGCACGAAAAAUAUUUCAAAUCUGUUGAGAGCACGCCACUGACUAGGAGAAAGUUAAAACAGCAAUCGGCCGGAGGAUCGUCCUGUGACUCGGCGUCGCCACAGAGUCCGAGCAGUCCCCUACAGAAACCACAGCCCACGCCGUUUUUACAGACGACCGCAGCUCGACCAUCGCUAGUGUCUUCGAUAUCGUUGGCGACGGACGCGGCGGCGAGCGUCGGGUCACGUGUCAUGCACAGCUUGGAGAGACCACAUCAACUGUCCAGACAUGCGAGGGAAAGGUUUUCUGAUCGGCAUUUAGACAAAGAUAGGCUAGCGGAACUGGAACGCAUGGAUAGGUACCCAGAAAAGCAGGCCGUGUACAGCGUGGACAAACCAUUCAGACAGACUAGCCUAGAUUUACGUCACAAUGCCUCCGCUAAUUGGCACCCAACAAGGGACUUUACUAGACGCCAACAAGCUGAGCCUGAACGCUACACAUCAAGCAAGACAUCAGUGUCAUCAGGCAGUAGCAAACAUCGAACCCCGCCACACGAACCGCACCAUAACUUCAUGAGGCUAUCUUCUGCUAACGAACAGGACAAUAUUGCUGCUGUGAACUACAAGUUGAAAUGCGUGAACUUAGUAGAACCGCCAUUGACGGAGCCAAAUGUACAGAAACACAAUCAGAGAUUAGAGAGGUCUACUGCGCCAAGGGAUCGUACUAAAUCAAGACGACAUAAGAGGCCAGUAGAAGUAGAAGAUGGUGCAAUGGACGGCGAAGAAGAAGAGGAUGAAGGUGGAAGCUCCCCAUUGUACUGCAACUGGGACUUACGUGGCAUGCAGCACUUGUUGCCACUGCAGGACUAUAUCAUACAGCAGGCGAAACUAUCCAGUCGCGCUCGUUACGGCGGUGGUUCCGGCUCAGACGGCGAGUCUGGUUCAUCAAGGUCUCAUUCCCGGUCCGGCUCGGAAUCCCGUUCGUUAUCCGGUCACGAACCGGAUAACGAGUCGUCGGACGGUGGCGCAAGAACUCCGGAUGAUGAUGACGGCUCUGGGGUUUAUUUACCUCACUCGUACGCACAUAGGCCUGUCGACGUGGAGUACAUGAAUCAUGGGGUGUCAUAUUAUAAUACCUUUGUUGGAUUCGACCGAGAUCGACAACCUUCGCCUGGCAUUCAUCGAACUUCGUCUCUGGGUGGCGGUGGCGGUGGGGGCGCGUCUGGGGGCGCAGGGGGCGCGGAAGUGGACGGCGCGGGGGCGCUUUACAGUCCCGUGCGCUCGCAUGCACCACGCCCACCACUUGAACAAGAUAUUGAGAUCUUUGCCAAGGAUAACCUUAACUUCAAUAAGGGAAUCUUCCGGAGAAAGGCAUCAGUACGCGAUCUUCUUUCAUGGACAUCAUCAUCUAUCAGCGCGCCCAUGGUGGGGGCAGAUUGGGACAAAGCACAUAAGAAAGCAGCCAUUGACUUGUUCCGGCUAGUACAGAUCUACAUGGGGGACCGCAAAGCGAGGCCUGGCAUGACACUCAACUCUGUUGCACAAGAUAUCCUGCACGCCACUUUUUCUAAUGAGAAACUGCGCGACGAGCUGUACGUGCAGCUGUGCCGUCAGACGACGGAGAACCCGCUGCGCGACUCGCUGCUGCGCGGCUGGGAGCUGCUGGCCGUCUGCCUCGCCUUCGUGCCGCCCUCCUCCGCCUUCCAGCCCGCGCUCACCAACUACGUCAACAGGCACAGGGACCCCGCCUUCGCGGAUGCCUUCCCAGAGGUGGGCAAGUGGCCAAUUCACGUGCAAGUAUCUCACUACGCGGGUGUCGCGUGCAAGCGGCUGGAGAGGAUCGGCUUUGGAGGCAAGAGACAGCCUAGGAAACCGACUACCGAUGACAUUGAUCAAGCUAGGAUACAAAUCUUCAGACAAUCAAUGUUUGGGAACACGUUAUCCGAGGUGAUGGCGUUACAGAAGGAACGGUUUCCCAACAGACAGUUGCCCUGGGUGCAAGUAGCCCUGUCUCAGCAGGUCCUGGCCCUCAACGGUAGGGAGACAGAAGGUAUCUUCCGUGUCUCAGCUGAUGUCGACGAAGUCAAUGCUCUGAAGGCCAAGAUCGAUAACUGGGAACUACCUGAUGCUUCAUCUUUGACCGACGCUCACGCGCCAGCGAGCCUGCUGAAGCUGUGGUACCGCGAGCUGUACGAACCGCUCAUCCCGGACGCGCUCUACGGAGCCUGCGUCGCCGCCGGGACUGACUUCGCCGCUUGCACGCGCGCCCUUCAUCGUCUGCCGCCCAUCAAUCGACUGGUGCUGACGUAUCUAAUAAGUUUCCUGCAACAAUUCACCGCUCCAGAGGUGGUAAGUCAAACCAAGAUGGACUCUGCCAACCUGGCGAUGGUGUUUGCCCCGAACUGCCUGCGCUGCACGUCGCAGGACCCGCGCGUCAUACUAGAGAACGCUCGCAAGGAGAUGACGUUCCUUAAAACUCUCAUCACCAACCUGGACACAUCUCACGUACAAGAUCUUCUGUGACCUAUGAAUCUCAGCUACUGCAACAACAAUGUCGCCUCGGAGAGGCUGACGGACUUCUAGGGCGCGAGUAGUGACGCGCCCGACUGUAGACAGUGUACCAUAUGACCAUAUCCUCGUUACGAUGUGUCUAGUCUGUGCUCGCGUCCCUCUGUUGGUGGUCGAAACUGUGCGCUCUACACCAUCUCCACAUCUUCCCUUAAUUACGUAUAUUUGACAUUCUUGUAUAUUUUUUGUAUUUUUGUACGCUAUAAAUGAAUAAUUUUAUUUGGUUGUAUCCAAAGAUAUUUAAUGAGAUGUGAUUUUAAUUAUAUUAGAAUUGAGCUUUAUGAAAAUGUAUUUGCAAUGUGUUUGUUAUUGGUGCGGCUGCGUGAUUGUUUUUAUUAGUUACGAAUUACGAAUAUUGUUUAGUGUGGGUCAGUGUACUUAGUUGAGUGAACGAUUACUUUGGUAUCUUGGUAAGUUUGUGGAACGAUAUUGAAGUGUUACUAAACUUUAUGGUGCUCUGGAAAUUAGGAAGAAGCACCUUUAUAUGGACUGUGUGCUCACUACACGAACAUUGUUGAUACCUACGCUGCCUACUGACUGGACAGUGACAAUUUUAGAACUUGUGCUUUACUCAAUAUUAUUGAAAUUAAGAAAAAAUAUAAUCAAAAGUGAUAUUUACUCGGAACGUUUUACAAUAAUAAAAAAUAAUCUAAAUAUAUUACGGCGUCUAAUUAAAAUGUAUUAAAUGAAAUUAUUGAUAGAAUUAUGUAGUGAACACAUGGUUCGAAAUAACUAAUACAUCUCAAUUAAUUAAAUAGUAUAGUUUUAAAAAACCUGAUUCGAAGGCACUUCGCAUGAAAGCUUAGACACGUUAUUUAUUACCUACAUUAUGUCACGCGACUAGUGUCACGAGUUCCAUUAAACAUCAAUUUUAAUACUUUAUUAUGAGAUAUUUUAGUGGUAUUAUUAGGCGAAUAGAUAUCAUCACAAAACAUUACCUUCGUCAUUAAGUUUAUUAUCGUUUCGAGUGUAUUUUUACUUUACCAAAAUUAAGACCACUAUGCGCAUUUAUUUUUCACUAAGUUUAAUGUAGUAUAAGUUGGUACAGAGUCUCAAAUAUUACUCGUAUAUAAUUGUACUCUACUUGCCUAUGUGAAGAGAUGCCUUUACACAAUUGUUACCUACAAUGAAAACAAGCUAUUUUAUUCCACUUAGGUAAUAAAUAAAGUUACUUUCCUACUCGAACGAAAGAAUAUGUUGAAAGAGUUACUAUUUUAGUAUAGGUGAAUUCAAAGGGCAGCUUUAAAUUAGACAAGCUUAAAGGAAGUGUAUUAUAAAAGAUUCCUAAUAGUACGGUUUGUGAUUAUCUCGAUAAUUUUAUUAUUUUUUAUAUCGACUGCAUCUCUGAUUCAUAAGUUAGCAUUAUCGAAUUGGAUCGUCUGGUUUCCGGGAAUACUCAUUUCGAUUUAUAAAAUCGAUUUGGAAGAAUACAUUAUACUUUUUAAUAUUAAGAAGCCGUAAGAGUAUAUCAUCGCGAUUUUAUAAUAACCAAUACUUUACUUUUCUUUGUCCCUAAUGUUUAUAAUGCCUAGAUAUUUUAAUAGAUUGACCGUAGAUUUAAAAAAUAAUAAUUGAAUAAAAACUUAUUAAAACCUACAUAAAGUUUCAUAUUCUGCUACGCAAGAAUAGUUAGUCCAAUCCCAGUUCGUAGAAAGUUAAUUCUAAUAGCUUUAUGCAGUUUGUCUAAGAGAAAAUUUUAAUUAAACGUUUUAAAACAAUAAUAAUAAGAAGUAUAUCAAAUGUUGUACCAUCAGUGUAUAUCCAACUCCAUACAUUCAGGUUAUUAGUACAUAUUUUCGCGAACGAUUGAAGUAAAAUUAAAGUGGGCGGGGCGUAUUCCAGAUGCGUUCACAACUUGGUACAUAAAAUAAAAUCGUUGCGUUCCUAUUUUAAAUGCUGUCGAAUGUAUAGCAACUUUUUUAUUUGUAGUUGUAUGUGGUGACAUGUGAGGCCAGUUUUAAAAUGAAUUGUAUGGAGUAGGUACAAAGUUGCAAUAAAUGUAUGAAUAUAAAGUAUAUACUUUUUUAAUAUUAGCUGGCGUGAAUUCCGUAGGAUAUUAUUUUUGUAAACUAUAAGAAUGUUGGCAGCAAUAUUCGUCGGCAGUGUGUGGCAAUAUCUAUAGGCCUUGUCCAGAUAAACUGAAAUACGCGACUCUUAUGUAUGUAAAUGUGUUUUAUAUGGAUUAUAUUACUUCAGAUGUUGAGCGUGCAUUCAGGUCUGGCCAAGGUACUUAAUAAAGAGUAUUUUGGACUGCCUCGAGUGGUCGGUGUAUAAUGAUGAAUUAAGAGAAUUGAAUCAGGCUGAUUUUAUUUGAGAGGCAGCUUUAUAUUUUGUUACUUUCAUUUUUUUUUACAAUAUUUUCAGUUUUUUUUUUUCGUAUUAGUUAGUAUACUGGCCGCGAUUGGUACCUUUCACUAACAUUACUAACUCUUUGUCUUGAUCUCAAAUUCAAAGUAUAUAAUUUAUUGGUAUUCUAUUUUGAAGUACGAGUGUUUGGAAAUGUUCUCCUUUUAUGAAAUCUGUGUGUGUAUUAUGGAAUAUUGGCAUAAUCAUACUAAUAAGGAUAUAAUGCUAACAUUUUGCGAUGUCUUUCUAAAAUUAAAUAUUUUCUAAUGAUGAAAAUGAGCUAAAAUAUUUGAACACCGCUCGUACGCUAGCACAAUACACCAAACAAAAGACUUAAUGUACCAGAAACUAAGCUUUCAAUUAAUGCGGGACGCAAAUAAAUAAAGUAUAUUUGUACAUCAAUGUUACCGUAAUAAAAGAAAACUAUAUUUGUGCCAUAUUAAUAACAUAUACCUAAUAUUGUUACUGAUGCAGUGAAAUUGUUGUAAUCUGUAUUUUUCACGUUCUAUUUUUAAAUUAGUUGCUAGGUACGAAGAUUUGUUUUAGAAUGCUUCUUAUGAACUGGCUAUCAAAGUUGUACGGUGUUAUGUAGGAUAGAAACGGAGAAUAUAUUAUAAGCUCUCAAUAUUCCCUAUAUUAUAUAAUUUGUUUUAAGGAUUAUGAAAGAGCACAAUUUAUUUUUUUGUGUACAUUAUUAGUUAGCUAUUUAUCAAAAUAUAGCUAUAAAAUAGUUUUAUGUCGCUAACGCAGCGAAGCUAUAUACUAUAAUAGUAGUAUACCAAUGUGCUUGUAAUUUCUGAUCAUGUAAAAUUGUAUAGUGCUUAUAAAUAGUUCCAACAAAUAAUUUUGUCAACCUUAAUAUUCCUGUGUACAUAACAUGCCUAUAUUCCUUUAUGACAAUAUAAUGCCUACGAUGUUCAUAUGUAGAUUAUCACUGUAAAUGUGAACGUUCAGGAGAAAUAAAUUACUGAAUAUCCGGUGGAUAUACUGCGAAUACCAA